ACGGUGUUUCUCUGUGCAGGGCGCCGCAGGCAUGGAGCAGAAGUGAGAGCAAAUCCAUGGAUGGCCAGUUAGACGCCUGUACAGCACACUCCUGUAGUGCACCAGCACCAUGACGAGCCCCAUCCUACCACAGACUCGGCUAUAGCGGCCAUCUGUCUCCAUGGUGAGGGAGAGCUCUUGGACCUUGACUCAGUUGCCAUGGUGAUCCUGUAGCGAGCAACAGCCACAAUGGGAACGUCCAGGAUGUUCCGCAUUUUUGUCGUCCUGGGCUCGGCCUUCAUGAUCCUCCUGAUCAUUAUCUACUGGGAUGACGUCGGAGCGUCUCACCUGUAUUUGCACACUCCUGUGUCACCGGGACCCAAAAUCCCACAACCCCCACCUCCCCAGCAGCGGCCCCAAACCUCCCGAACCCCGUCCUUCCUGUCCGACAUCGAUGCCUUCGUUAACCAGUUCUUAGAGCCGGGAACUGGUGAGCCCACAGACCCCGCCCCAGCAGACACUAACCAAUCAGAGAAAGCAGAAGAACGGUAUAUACCGCGGCGGGAGUGGAAGAUUCACCUGGCUCCUGUAGCAGCAGAGCUCCGUGAGAGACAGGAGCAGCGGCGGAGGUUACUUCAGGAGAUGUGCGCUAAUGACAGCGUGGUGUUUCCUGGCAAAAAUCGUUCGUUUGAUGACAUUCCCAACAAGGACCUGGAUCACCUUAUUGUGGAUGACAGGCAUGGCAUUAUCUACUGCUAUGUUCCCAAGGUAGCGUGCAGUAACUGGAAGCGCAUCAUGAUAAUCCUCAGUGAAAGCCUCCUGCGGGAUGGUGUUCCCCAGAGUGACCCGUUGGCCAUCCCCAGGGACCUGGUCCACAACAGCAGCAUGCACUUUACCUUCAACAAGUUCUGGAAGCGUUACGGCAAGUUUGCAAAGCACCUAAUGAAGGUGAAGCUGAAGAAGUACACCAAGUUUCUUUUCGUGCGGGACCCCUUUGUGCGCCUCAUCUCUGCCUACCGGAAUAAAUUUGAGCUACCCAAUGAGGAGUUCUAUCGCCGCUUUGCACAGAUCAUGCUGCGCCGCUAUGCCAACCAGCCGACACCUCCUGCUUCUGUGGACGAGGCGUUCGCGGUGGGUAUCCAUCCCUCCUUCUCCCACUUCAUCCAGUACCUCCUGGACCCUCAGACAGAGAAGGAGAUGCCCUUUAAUGAGCACUGGAGGCAGGUGUAUCGGCUUUGUCAUCCAUGCCAGAUUCAGUAUGACUUUGUGGGCCACCUGGAGACGGCAGAGGAGGACGCCGAGCACCUCCUGCGCCAGCUGCGGGUGGACAAUGUGGUGGAGUUCCCCACCUCCCACAGAAACCUCACAGCCAGCAGCUGGGAGACCGAUUGGUUCAGCACAGUGCCUGUGGAGGCUCGGAGAGAACUCUACAAGCUGUAUGAACCUGACUUCAGGCUCUUUGGCUACGACAGACCAGACUCGAUCCUCAAUGAGUGACUCAUGUUUCUACAAAACAGACCCAGACACAAUGUUUUCUCUGUCAUGAAAUGAUGUUACACUCCAACAGCAGUGAUGCCUCCCUUUUGUUCUGGGCUUUGCAGAUGUGUUCUUGUCUGCUCUACACUGAAUGUGCACAUUAGUAAGGACACUCUAUGGAAGCACACUAUUGAGGUGAAGCCAGGUAAUAGCCAUUGUCCAUUAUUGUUUUUCUUUUUAAAUCACAAAGAUAAGAAGCACACGAGUCAAAGUUAGACAGUUGACAUAUGGAUUUCGCAAACAGCACGUGUCCCCAAGAUGUUGCACAUUCACUGUAGUUCUUAACUCAAAACUCCAUGUUGAGUUUCUUGCACUCCUAACUCUGAUGUCACGCCUCACCCGUCAUUUGUGAUGCCACAGUUGUGUAUUGACUAACUGUGAUCACAGGCUUUGUAGCAGGAUGUUUGAAACCUCGCCGAUGUGAUGUCACAGAGCCAUACCCCAUGUUUGAUGUCAUAGAAACCUCACAGAUGCAGUGGACAGUAAAUUUGGUUAAAACAAGGUGUUACUAGAUAAGUUUUUAAGUGUAGUUGCACUAGAGUGUUGUCACAUAAAUUAUUUUACAUUGUGUACGUGCUAUGUUUAUUCUAAGCAUGAAAGGGACGCUUAUGUUAAAUACAUACUAAUGACAGCUAUCAUCAUCAGAAACCGAUAGAAUUCUUUUAUACCUCAUAAAUACACAGAAUAAUACUCAUAUGUUACGUAACACAUAUUGCACCACCUUAACGGCAAACCCUACUGCAUCUUCAGACAACAUUUUAGGAGUUUGAUUUUGGCAGUUUCAGAGCAUAUGUGCCACAUUGUAGCCUCGUCAUAUAGGUGCACAGCAGCUCCAGCAAACAUUAGACUGCAUCGCUGGAUUUGUCUCAGCUUGCCUUUGAGGCAUAAACUAGAGUUUCAACAUUCUUUCGUUUUCAUCCCAGCUGGAUGAACACACUGAGCCUGUUUAAACAAAGGGAACAUUUUCAUUUAUUGCUUUCUGUUAACAUGACAGUGUUAUUGUCAGCAUUCGAUGUGGUUUUGCAUACAAGCUGCAGUUAUUAACACUGAACUACAUUGAGUAACCGCUGGAGACUGCAACAGUGUUCAUGAUAAACAGGGACGGCAUUUUCAUGGGCAGCAAGGGGCUGAGCACAUUACGUGAAGCCAACAAGUAGUGUUUUUCAGUAUGUACUGUUGCAAAGACAUCACUCCACAAUUUGGAUUGAUGCUAGCAUGUUAUAUACAACUGUAAAUUUGGUGCAAGAUUAGACUGCGGUCAGUAUUAAGGUCAGAGUUUCCAAGUAAAGGUUUGAUCAUGGUUAGAGUCUGGUUCACAUCAUGAUCUGGACAUGCAUUGGGCUUUGUGUUUUAUAUGAAAAGAGUGGGAUGAUAAGAUAGUGCCUUGGGUUGCAAACGUUUACAAAGCAAAAAAGUAUUUUUGUAGAAGGACUUAAUUUUUACUUGGAACACAAUAUAGUGAGCUAUGUGAAGCCACAACAAGGUAUAUUUGAUAUACUGGGCCUUGUUUACCACAUUUAUUAUUUGGAGAAAAUAGGAAACAACGGAGCCCUUCAGCAGUACUGUCUUUAUGGGAGUUUGUGUGAUUGAUGAUGCUGUUAGGACGCUUUUCAGUGUGUUUGUGUCCAGUGUAUCACGCAGGAUUACUGUGGUUUGUACUGUAUGUGAUGUCAUGGACAUGCUGUGUGCCACAUUAUUCUGCAAGUCACUAACAUUUACACACGAUUGAGUCAGUGUUGUCUCACUGCCUUUUGGUUUAUUUGUUUUGUGUUUUGUGUAUUUUGUGUACAAAAUAUUCAGUAUUUUACUGUAUUGUUUAUUUUAAUCAAACGUUGACUCUUGAUUGACCUAGUUGUCACCUGGAUAGGAAAGAUUUAUUAAGCAUCAGCGGCUGGUUUCACCAAAUAUCUGUUAUCAUCUCUGAGCAAGAGAAAACAAACACUCCCACCUCACCAGUGUUUGGAUUGUGAGCCAGUGACAUUGCUAUAUCUCUUAAGUAUUUUUUAUUGUAUUUUCUGUCCUGUUGUUAACCAUGCCAGCAAUUUUCACCAUGGCUGUUUUUGCUUUGAACGUGCAACACUAUAAAACAGAAUCAUUGUGUAAGGCAAAAGGUUAAUUUAUUAGCAGAAUAAAAACCUAUGCGCACAUGCUGCUUUUGUAAAGGGAAAACAGAGUGUUGAUGGGUCUUUAUGAAGGUUAGAGCUUGACUGGUGAUGCAUAUUUUCACAGGGAAGCUACAACAGCAUUAAUGCUUUAAACAGAUUAAAGUUUGGUUGAAGCUGCAGUGUCAAACCUCGUCCUACAUUUUGACCUCAUGACAAUGCCUAACAUUAAAUCGUGUAACAGACCAAAAACCCAAAAUCUAUUUUUGUGAUUCAUGUUUUUGUAAAGCAAGGUCACGAGACUUUGUAGUCUGACAAACUUGUUCCUUCUCUCAUACUUUGGGAAAAUGCAAAGUAUUCGUUCAGCUUGAUCAGUGUUAUGGUGUCAUGCGUCAUCUGGUCUUUGUUCUAGGGAAAUAAAGGUUGUGGGGCAUGAUGGGAAAUGUAA